CUCGUUCGGCGGAGGGAAGCAGAGAGAUCUCUACAAACAACAACGCAACCACAACAAUCACAGUCGCAGCAAAGAGUAGACAGGACAUCCCUAGUAUCCCAAUUGCUUCCUUAAUUGCAUUAUCCAAUUAGACCCAGCUAUACAAUUGCUGCCCUCCAGAAUAUCUAAAAUGUUUGCUGGACGAUGCGAGCGGUUAGUUGCCCGCACGGCUGCGGUAUCGUUGACAUCAUGUCUGAGGAGCAGCCGGCUCUAUUCCACAGCUUCUCCAGCCUACGAACAUAUCCUCGUCUCAACCCCGAAACCAGGAGUUGGCCUCAUCACCCUGAACAGACCAAAGGCUCUCAACGCCCUUUCCAGUCCGCUUUUUCGUGAGCUAAACGACGCUCUUACCAAGUAUGACAAGGACAAGGACAUCGGUGCCAUUGUUCUCACCGGCAGUGAAAAGGCGUUCGCGGCUGGCGCGGAUAUCAAAGAGAUGGCACCCCUCACUUUCUCAUCUGCAUACUCGAACAACUUCAUUGCCCCCUGGUCCCACCUGGCAAAUACAAUCCGUACUCCUGUCAUCGCUGCUGUGUCCGGAUAUGCUCUUGGAGGUGGAUGCGAGCUUGCCAUGAUGUGCGAUAUCAUUUACUGCACCUCCAAAGCAACAUUCGGCCAGCCGGAGAUCAAACUUGGAACCAUUCCCGGUGCUGGUGGUUCUCAACGUCUCACAAGAGCCAUUGGAAAGAGCAGGGCUAUGGAGCUCAUUCUGACCGGGAAGAACUUCAGUGGUAAGGAAGCUGGUGAGUGGGGUCUGGCUGCCCGGGUCAUCGAUGGGGGUAAAGAUGAAUUGGUUGAGGCUGCAGUCGAGACCGCUAGCGUCAUUGCCAGCUACAGCCGUGUAGCAGUCGUCGCUGCGAAGGAGGUCGUCAACAAGAGUCAGGAAUUGAACCUGAAGGAAGGUGUGGACUAUGAAAGACGGCUGUUCCACGGACUGUUCGGCAGCAAGGAUCAGAAGAUCGGAAUGACCGCAUUCGCCGAGAAGAAGAAGCCUGAGUGGUCGAACGAAUAAAUCCGCGUCGUAUUUUCUUUUUUGUAUAUAUAAAUAGAUAUUUGGGCACUAUCGUAUAUAUCCUACCUGUCUAAAUUAUGUCAAUGUACCUACAAGACGAACGAACAUUUUCAACAUUUUAAAACAUGUUUGCUCACAUUUUUGCCGUCACUGGCAGAGUUUUUUUAUUUUUAUUGCUUUUCGGGUGAGCAAUUUUGCGUCACACUAUUACUGACUAUAAUUGACAUGCAAAAGGGACUAACAAAUAUCCAACAAUGAAAUCCAUACCUCCACUAUCCAAUUUGCAAGUACUUUUUACUUCUAGCUUAUCCAAUCCACCUCCCAGUUCGCCAGAUUCCAACUUAGCGGACGCCAGACAACUUAUCCUUGGCUUUCCGGAGGAGACCACCGCCGCCUAUUUCCAGUCAGCAGUGAUGCCUUAACCCCAUGACGACAACAUGCUGGACUCAAAAAACAGGGGAAUUUUACCUGACUUGUCACCGUGUUCUUCCUGGGAUGCCUGGCUAUAUUCGGAAGCCUCUGAGGACUGCGAGCCGCGUUUCAUCCCUGGUCCUUCCGCAGGCUUACCCUGCCAUCCUUCAGACUCUGCUUCCUGGGAUCCUAGUCCCUGGUUCCCGAUGUUCUGGCUUCCUAAGCCCUGUUCGCGGAUGCCUUGGCCUCCCAAGCCUUGGGUUCCCUGCUGGCGUUGACCCAUUUGAGAAGACAUCGGUUGGGUGCUACGGCCCAUUGUGGGCUGGCCGUAUUGUUGACCAGCGGCACCGUAGCCCUCAGUGGGCUGCGCGCCGUAGGUGCUAGAGGGGGGCAUAUUGCCCUGGCCAAUUCCCUGGGAGCCCUGCAUGCCCUGUAUGUCGCCCUCCUGUGUGCCCUGAGUGGGCUGUAACGGGUUGUUCUGUGAUGCUGCCUGCUGUGCGCGGCGAGCUGUGUUCCAGGUAUCCUCGAUUCCGGACAUGAUUGCGAAUGGUAUUUCUGAGGGUUUAUUUACAAAUUAAAAAUGCCUGCGUAUAUAUGUGACUUAGGCUUUGCUAAUUCAUUCUCUAUUCGCCCAGCUGUCCGGAUGGACGCGGCAGCUCCUUAUAUGUUCAAUUACCUCCACCCCAAUUUCGCCCCCCUUUCGCCCCCUUUCCACCCAGCUCGCCUUCCACUGUCAAGAGUACUUGGGGGCUAGUGAGGUCAUAGGUUAUUGCCUUGGGCAUUUGACUUCAUGGGUUUGUUGGCAUUGUUAGUAUUCUUGGACGUCAAUCGGAGCUACUUCCGAAGCUUACUUCUCUCACUUACCGCUGGCAGUUGCAAUGACAAUGGGUUGUAGAUCCAAGUACCAAACCCUGAUGCCCAAAUAAGGUAUUUUUCCAACUCUUCCCUCCGGAGAACGCCCUCAAC